ACAAGGUGUGCCUUAUCUUGUCCGUCUGCGGGGUGACGCGAUAGGGUCCUCUACUCCGAUGUACCGAUCUACCUCCGCCGUCAAGAUGCCCAUGAAACUAAUCUCGGCGACGCCUUCGGCCUACGCGCGCAUCAAUCGUAUCGCUUUCAUGGAGAAGGGCAUCGACUUCGAGCUCUUCAACGAAGUACCGUGGAACCUGGACACGCAAACCCCCACUUACAAUCCGUUGGAGAAAUUGCCCAUUCUCAUCUUCGAGGACGGGACACAUAUCUACGACAGCGCCCUCAUUCAAGAAUUCAUCAUCAAGACGUAUGCCGACAAGGGCCCGGCGUUGGUGCCACAGGACCUGAAAGGAUACCUGCAGGCAAGGCAGAUCCAGACGUUGGCGAUCGGCCAGAUGGACGCAAUGGCAUUGGUGUUCUUCGAAGAUUCGAGGGAGGUCAAGAGUGCCGAAUGGAAGGCGCGGCAAGACCGCAAGGUGGACGGGGCGAUGAAGGCGUACGACGACUACGUCCAGGCGGCCAAGGGCGGAUGGCUGGUUGGUGGGGAGUAUUCCAUUGCCGACAUUGCAGUCGGCUGCGCUGCCGAGUGGGUGGACUUCUUUGGCAUCCGGCCGGAGUGGAGGAAGCAGCACACGCACUUGGCGGCGUGGUUGGAGAAGCUGGGCCAGAGGGACACGUUCCAGAAGACGCAGCCAGUGAUGUUUGAGAUGAAGGAGAGGGUGGUUUGAGCGAUUGAUAGAGGAUGCGACGACGACAUGAAGGUCACGAGCAUUCACUUCCAUUCCCUCCCUGACCAACCCAAGACUAUGCCGAGACGAUGCAAAGGAUUGGGUAAUAGCCGCGAAUAGGCGGGUGGACAGGCACGCGCAUGUGACAGGACUAGGCCUCUAAGUGCAGGUACAAGAGAAGCCAAGCAUGCAAUUGGUGGGGGCGAGUUUAGGUUGGCCUGCCUUACCAGAAA